CCAUAACAACCGACCUCUCCUCUUCCAUGCACCCUGCCUUCAUACCUGGAGAGAAGAAAGAUAGAAAAAGACAGUGAGCGUAGGAAGAAGCAAAAAUGGUAGUUUUGCCAGAAUUUCCAAAAUCCUUCAAAUUAAGCAGAAAAUCGGACUUUGCUUCCAAACUUAAACCCCUCAUUUUACAUAAACUCAACCAAUAUGGCUUUGAUUACUCCGACGGCGUCCUCGCUGAGUACAUUACAAUUUUGGUAUGUAAUGGGAAAAACCAGAACCAUGUAAGAGACGGUUUGCAGGCAUUUCUUGGGAUAAGGACUGAGGAAUUUGUGUCUUGGCUAUGGAAGUUUCUCCUGAAGAAUGAGACACAAUUUACUGCUGCAGUAUCAUCAGUUCGAAAGGAUAAGAUUUCCCAUAGUUCUCGUGACAUUGAUAGAGACAAAGAUGAUGCAAGUAGAACAUUUAAAAAUUGUAAGAGUCAGGGAAACAGGGGCUCUGCCAGCUUGAUGGCUGAACGUGAAGAAACAUGUUGUUCAUUGAAGCAAACUUGUAAAUCUGAUGAUAUCGAACCAUCAAAGAAUCAUCAUCCUCCCCCAGCAAAAGAGAUGACAAAUAGCCCCAUUCAGUCAAAUGUCCCCCAAAGCAAAGUACCUAAUUUUAGUUCUUUGAUAAAGGUGACGUCAUCAGUAAGGAAGUAUGAAAUUGAAAGAGUGGAUGGCUUUGAAAAGCGUUCUAGGUAUCCUGACUUGUUCCCCCGGACCACUUCUUUAAAGGAGGAUUUGGCUUCUGAACUCAAGUACCCCCCUGCUUCUGUAGCAAAGUCUUCCCGUUGCAGCAAGCUGGCAGAUAAGAAAUCUGCUCCUGUAUUGGGGAGGCCCCCAGCUUCUUUACCAGAAAGGAGUCCUGCUUCUGGAACAUAUUUUUCUAAUGUCAGUAAGCUCUCAGUAGUUCCAUCCUCCGGUAUCAACCAGUCACGGCAAAGUGUUUGGGACAGAUUAGGAAAGCCACCAAAAGAUGUGCCAUCCAGAAGCCAGAUUGCUGAUGUUUGUGCAAGAGACAAGGCUCAUUGCAAUAAAAGUUGGACUGACCAAAAUUCAGCAUUGAUUCCUAAACCUUCUGCUCAGAUGGAUCAGGAUUCUCCCUUGCCUGCUCUGUCUAUAGUUCAAGGCAGAAGACGGUUGAAACAAGGUCAUCAGGUUGUUCAGGGAGAUGGUGCUCAAAAAAAUUAUGACGCCAUGAGACCAAAAAAUGUUGAUAAGACAGACGCUGAGAUACCAUCUAUUAUUAAUAUUGGAAGAAAGAGGCAAUUUGGUGAGAUUAACAGCAACAUAGAUGCGGGUAUGGUGACAAUGAAGAGAGCAGAUAACCAAUUUGAAAAAACUUGCCAAUCCCAUAAGAUAUCAGAGUUUCCAUCAGAGGCUUCUCAUUCUGUUGACCCUCAAGUAAAUGAAAUAAAAUUGCGAAUGCGUCAGAUUGAGAUAGAGAUGGUUAAGCUCCGAACAAAGCAAACAUUAAUGGAGGCAGAUGGAAAGACCAACUUAUUGACAAACUGUGGUACGAUGAAGCCAACAGAGGAUAAAUCAAGAACAGUGCUCGUGACUAAUGUGCAUUUCGAGGCAACAAAAGAAACUCUAUCUUUGUACUUCCGAAAGUGUGGAGCUGUAGUAGACAUCAAAUUAGCUGAUAAUGUGCCUUCUGCUCGAGAUAGGUCUGCUUACAUCACUUUCCAAAACAAGGAGGCUGCUGAUAAGGCUUUGGGAUUCAGUGGGGCAUCUUUUUAUUCAAGAAGCAUCAAGGUUUGUAGGAAUGGAGAAUUUCCCGGUCCAGCCACAGCAUCAGCCGGAAUUGCUGGCAAGAAGAUGCAGAUAACUCACUCGAAGAGCAACAUUGAUCCUGAAGGGUUAUCUGUUUCAGAGUCUCAUUUCAAGUGUCAGAAUGAACCUCUCUUUUCCACUCAUUUAGAACCCAUGUCUUCUUUCUGUGACCAAACAAAAACAGUUCCUGGAUGUCAGCAAGAACCUUCAGCUGCUUCUGCAGAGAUGGCUGGAGAAUCUGAGCAACAGAAUUUUGCAACUGACACAUUUGCCUCCCAGAAAGAGCCUCUGACUUCAUUUUGAAAGGCGGAAAAGUGCUCAGACAAAGAUCAACUGUUCUGCCAUGUUGGUGUCAAUUUUGCGGUGUUUGGCUGUGAGCUGUGGAUAAGAGUUUUAACUUGGGAUAUGUCGCAUAUACCUCAGUACAUGUUUUCUGCAUGUUAACUGUACAGAAAGAAAGAAAAAAAGAAUUGAUAGUAUGUCAUUUGUUGUUGGACAAGGAGAUUGGUUCCAGUGAUGGGUUGGGUUCCUCUGUUCCAGAAAUACAUUUCUUACUUCUAAGUUAUUACUACGCAAUUAAAAGUAUGUGCAUUGGCAACACAUGAGGUCAUGCAGAUUUCCACG